CACUACGGAGGGAACAGGGUUCCCUAUGGGCCCUGGUUAAAUAUAGUGCACUACGGAGGGAACAGGGUUCCCUAUGGGCCCUGGUUAAAUAUAGUGCACUACGGAGGGAACAGGGUUCCCUAUGGGCCCUGGUUAAAUAUAGUGCACUACGGAGGGAACAGGGUUCCCUAUGGGCCCUGGUUAAAUAUAGUGCACUACGGAGGGAACAGGGUUCCCUAUAGGCCCUGGUUAAAUAUAGUGCACUACGGAGGGAACAGGGUUCCCUAUAGGCCCUGGUUAAAUAUAGUGCACUACGGAGGGAACAGGGUUCCCUAUAGGCCCUGGUUAAAUAUAGUGCACUACGGAGGGAACAGGGUUCCCUAUAGGCCCUGGUUAAAUAUAGUGCACUACGGAGGGAACAGGGUUCCCUAUGGGCCCUGGUUAAAUAUAGUGCACUACGGAGGGAACAGGGUGCCAUAGCGGCUGCAGUCAAGCAGAGCACUAACGUUAAGACACGUCGGGUCUGACGGACCGUCACUCACCUAAACUGUUGUUGUCCUUUAUGCUUUUGUCCUGCAGCUGAUCUAACCCAACUGGAAACAACAACAACUUCAAUUAUUCUUUGAGGACAUGGACUGGAGUGACCCAAGGUCAACUUAAAUUGUUAUUUGAGGACAUGGACUGGAGUGACCCAAGGUCAACUUAAAUUGUUAUUUGAGGACAUGGACUGAAGUGACCCAAGGUCAACUUAAAUUGUUCUUUGAGGACAUGGACUGGAGUGACCGAAGGUCAACUUAAAUUACUACUACUGUUCAAAGGUGUGUGUGUGUCUCUGUUGCUAACCUUGCAGGGCAGUGAGGCGCUCGUUAGUGAAGUCGUUAUCAGCCUGCAGGGCCUCAAUACGAGCCUGUAGAGUCUGUUCCUUCUCCUCCAUCUCCUCAAUGCAAAGCUGCAGCUCCUUCUUCUCCAGCUGACCCUUCUGAGUCAGCUCCUCCUGGCGGCCCUCUGCCAGCUACACACAGGAACAUUUGGUCAUGUUAAAGCCAUGUUAAAGGCAUGUUAAAGCCAUGUUAAAGCCAUGUUAAAGCCAUGUUAAAGCCAUGUUAAAGCCAUGUUAAAGGGUGUUCUGGAGAAUCUGAUGUGUGUGCUGGUGCUCAGACAUUAGAUAGAAAUGUCACUGAUCUUCAAGCCUCUACAAUAAAGUGACUGAGUUUCUUCCUCCUCUUCAACCUGUGUCCCCCCCCCUCUCUCCUCUCCUACCUGUGUCCCCCCCCCCCCCUCCUCUCCUACCUGUCCCCCCCCCCCCCCCUCCUCUUCAACCUGUGGUCCCCCCCCUCUCUCCUCUCCUACCUGUCCUCCCCUCUCUCCUCUCCUACCUGUCCCCCCCCUCUCUCCUCUCCUACCUGUCCCCCCCCUCCUCUUCAACCUGUGUCCCCCCCCCUCUCUCCUCUCCUACCUGUGUCCCCCCCCUCUCUCCUCUCCUACCUGUCCCCCCCCCCUCUCCUCUCCUACCUGUCCCCCCCCCCUCUCCUCUCCUACCUGUCCCCCCCUUUCUCCUCUCCUACCCGUGUCCCCCCCUCUCUCCUCUCCUACCUGUGGUCCCCCCCCCUCUCCUCUCCUACCUGUCCCCCCCCCCUCUCCUCUCCUACCUGUGUCCCCCCCUCUCUCCUCUCCUACCCGUGUCCCCCCCUCUCUCCUCUCCUACCUGUGUCCCCCCUCCCUCUCCUCUCCUACCUGUGUCCCCCCCUCUCUCCUCUCCUACCCGUGUCCCCCCCUCUCUCCUCUCCUACCUGUGUCCCCCUCCCUCUCUCCUCUCCUACCUGUGUCCCCCCCCCCCUCUCUCCUCUCCUACCUGUGUCCCCCCCCCUCUCUCCUCUCCUACCUGUGUCCCCCCCUCUCUCCUCUCCUACCUGUGUCCCCCUCCCUCUCUCCUCUCCUACCUGUGUCCCCCCCUCUCCUCUUCAACCUGUGUCCCCCCCUCUCUCCUCUCCUACCUGUGCCCCCCCCCUCUCCUAUCCAACCUGUGCCCCCUCCCCUCCCCCAACCUGUGUCUCCACCCCCCUCACCAACCACGUUCACCUACUGUACCUUGAUCUUGUCUGUGAGGUCCUUGAUCUCGUUGAUGGCCCCGUUGUACUUAUUAGCCAGUUCUCUGAACUCUUCCUGGUUCCUCUCAUUCAUCUCCUUCAGAUGGGUACACUCAUCCUCCGUGUUACUCAGAGAUCUCUGGAAUAACAACAGGUGAGAUGACAACACAUUCAUUCAUUCAUCGUCCACACACACACACUUCACCCAGCCCCGGGUCUCACCUCGACCUCUGACAGCUUCCUGACCACCUCGAUCUUCUCCUGCAGGACCCUCCUCAGGGACUCUUUGGCCGUGGUCUCAUAGUUGUGUUUGUCUUCCUGCAGGGCUGCCAGCUCGUUACGCAUCCCAUCCUCCGUUUGGUUCUUGAGAGGGGGAGGGGGAGGUUAGCGAAAUAGAGAGAGGGGUGGGGUGGGACUGUCUAUGGGGUUGUCUCUGGUGCUUUGACUAAUACACAGUCAUAGGGUCAGGAGUUUUUUAUGGCCAUGUAAAGUGCCCAUCAGUUCCCAUGGUCAGGAAAGACUAUUAACCCAAAUACAGGAAGAAAAAAAACCAAUUAGAAUGUCAAUAGAUAUAUACAGUGAGCUCCAACAGUAUUGGGACAGGGACACAUUGGUUGUUUUGGCUCUGAACUCCAGCACUUUGGAUUGGAAAUGAUACAAUGACUAUGAGGUUAAAGUGCAGACUGUCAGCUUUAAUUAGAGGGUACUUUCAUCCAUAUCGAGUGAACCGUUUAGAAAUUACUCCCCAUUUUAGAGGACCAAAAGUAUUGGGACAAGUUAACCUACAGUACCAGUUAAAUGUUUGGACACACCUAGAGAAUGCCAAGAGUGUGCAAAGCUGUCAUCAAGGCAAAGGGUGGCUAUUUGAAGAAUCUCAAAUAUAAAAUAUAUUUUUUGGUUACUACAUGAUUCCAUGUGUGUUAUUUCAUAGUUCUGAUGUCUUCGCUAUUAUUCUAGGGCGGCAGGUAGCUUAGUGGGUAAGAGCGUUGUGCCAGUAACCGAAAGGUCGCUGGUUCUAAUCCCCGAGCUGACUAGGUGAAAAAUCUGUCGAUGUGCCCUUAAGCAAGGCACUUAACCCCAAUUGCUCAUGUAAGUCGCUCUGGAUAAGAGCGUCUGCUAAAUGACUAAAAAUGUAAAAAAAUGUAAUGUAGAAAAUAGUACAAAAUAAAGAAAAACCCUUGAAUGAGUAGGUGUGUCCAAACUUUUGACUGGUACUGUAUAUAGUAUCUAUAAUGGUAGUGUAUAUGUGUAUUAAAGUAGUAAAAAGCGUAGUAUUUGGUCUCAUAUUCCGGGCAUUCAAUGACUACAUCAAGCUUGUGACGCUACAAUUUUGUUUUGGUUGUUUCAGAUUAUUUUGUGCCCAAUAGAAAUGAAUGGUAAAUAAAUUAGACGCACAUAUAUCAUACCCCCCAAGACAUGCUAACUUCCCCUGUUAUUGUAAUGGCGAGAGGUUAGCAUGUCUUGGGGGUAUGAUAUAAAAUGCUAACUUCCCCUGUUAUUGUAAUGGUGAGAGGUUAGCAUGUCUUGGGGGUAUGAUAUAAAAUGCUAACUUCCCCUGUUAUUGUAAUGGUGAGAGGUUAGCAUGUCUUGGGGGUAUGAUAUAAAAUGCUAACCUCCCCUGUUAUUGUAAUGGUGAGAGGUUAGCAUGUCUUGGGGGUAUGAUAUAAAAUGCUAACUUCCCCUGUUAUUGUAAUGGUGAGAGGUUAGCAUGUCUUGGGGGUAUGAUACUUGUGCGAGUAACUUAUUUACCAUUCAUUUCUAUUGGGCAAAAAACAAACAGCAAAUGCAUCCAACAAGUGCGUAGAUUCACAAGCUUGAUGUAGUCGUUGCCUGCUGUGAAUAUGGGACCAAAUACUAAACUUUAGACUACUUUAAUACGCAUAUAAGUGAACUUGUCCCAAUACUUUUGGUCCUCUUAAAAAUGGGGGGGACUAUGUACAAAAAGUGCUGUAAUUUUUUAACUGUUUACCCAAUAUGGAUGAAAAUACCCUCAAAUUAAAGCUGACUGUCUGCACUUUAACCUCAUAAUCACUGUAUCAUUUCAAAUCCAAAAGGGCCGGAGCCAAAAACAACAACACAAUGGUGAAUGUCACAGUACAUUUGGAGCUCACUGUAACUAGGUGACUCACUUUAGGUAUUUAUCAUUUAAAGACGCAAAUCGCUCCGCCAUUUCCUGGUUGCUAAAAAUUGUAAAUAGUUCGCCUAAUUUCGGUUUAUGUGACAAAACAAGCAGGUAUCGUGUAGAGAAUCGUUGUACCCAUCUAAACCGCUGUGAAAUAUAUUUUCCAUGACCAAAAAUAUUGUAUUUUCAGCCGUUUGAAGCUGCUGUACAAAAACCGAAAGUAAAAGACGCAAAUAAUAAAAAAAUUAACGGGAAGCAGAGAAAUAGAUAAUGUAGAGCAGAUCUACCGCUUCUUAGACUUGCUUUCAAUAAGAAUGACAGAUCUAUAACACAUUUCUAUGUGAAUCUGGUCAGGUCGCCCAAAAGGUUACAUAUUGUAGCUUUAAAUGUUCUUACUUUAGAGUAGGUAUUUACACUGAACAAAAAUAUAAAACGCAACAAUUUCAAAGAUUUUACUGAGUUACGGUUCAUAUAAGGAAAUCAGUCAAUUGAAAUAAAAUUCAUUAGGCCCUAAUCUAUGGAUUUCACAUGACUGGGAAUACAGAUAUGCAUCUGUUGGUUACAGAUACCGUAAAAGAAAGGUAGGGUUGUGGAUCAGAAAACCAGUCAGUAUCUGGUGUGACCAGUAUUUGCCUCAUGCGGCGCGACACAUCUCCUUCGCAUAGAGUUGAUCAGGCGGUUGAUUGUGGCCUGUGGAAUGUUGUCCCAUUCAAACAUGCUCAAUGGGUGACAGGUCUGGUGAGUAUGCAGGCCAUGGAAUAACUGGGACAUUUUCAGCAUCCAGGAAUUGUGUACAGAUCCUUGCGACAUGGGGCCUGUGAAUUAUCAUGCUGAAUCAUGAGGUGAUGGCGGCAGAUGAACGGCACGACAACGGGCCUCAGGAUCUCGUCACGGUAUCGCUGCGCCUUCAAAUUGCCAUCGAUAAAAUGCAAUUGUGUUCGUUGUCCGUAGCUUAUGCCUGCCCAUACCAUAACCCCACCAUGGGGCACUCUGUUCACAACCUGGACAUCAGCAAACCGCUCGCCCACAUCUGCCAUCUGCCCAGUACAGUUGAAAACGGGAUUCAUCUGUUAAGAGCACACUUCUCUAGCGUGCCAGUGGCCAUCGACGCCGAACUGCAGUCAGGUCAAGACCCUGGUGAGGACGACGAGAACGCAGAUGAGCUUCCCUGAAACGGUUUCUGACAGUUUGUGCAAAAAUUAUUUGGUUGAGCAAACCCACAGUUCCAUCAGCUGUCCAGGUGGCUGGUCUCAGACGAUCCCGCAGAUGAAGAAGCCGGAUGUGGCGGUCCUGGCCUGGCGUAGUUACACGAGGUCUGCGGUUGUGAGGCCGGUUGGACGUUCUGCCAAAUUCUCUAAAACGACGUUGGAGGAGGCUUAUGGUAGAGAAAUUAACAUUCAAUUCUCUGGCAACAGCUCUGGUGGAUAUUCCUGCAGUCAGCAUGCCAACUGCACACUCCCUCAAAACUGUAGACAUCUGUGGCAUUCUGUUGUGUGACAAAACUGCACAUUUUAGAGUGGCCUUUUCUUGUCCCCAGCACAAGGUGCACCUGUGUAAUGAUCAUGCUGUUUAAUCAGCUUCUUGAUAUGCCACACCUGUCAGGUGGAUGGAUUAUCUUGGCAAAAUGAGAAAAUGCUCACUAACAGGGAUGUAUACAAAUUUGUGCACAACAUGAGAGAAAUAAGCUUUUUGUUCGUAUGGAACAUUUCUGGGAUCUUUUAUUUCAGCUCAUGAAACAUGGGACCAACACUUUACACGUUGCACUUAUAUUUUUGUUCAGUGUGUCAUUUAAAUGAUCUCACUUUAGGCAUUUAUCAUUUAAAUGAUCUCACUUUAGGCAUUUAUCAUUUAAAUGAUCUCACUUUAGGCAUUUAUCAUUUAAAUGAUCUCACUUUAGGCAUUUAUCAUUUAAAUGAUCUCACUUUAGGCAUUUAUCAUUUAAAUGAUCUCACUUUAGGCAUUUAUCAUUUAAAUGAUCUCACUUUAGGCAUUUAUCAUUUAAAUGAUCUCACUUUAGGCAUUUAUCAUUUAAAUGAUCUCACUUUAGGCAUUUAUCAUUUAAAUGAUCUUACUUUAGGCAUUUAUCAUUUAAAUGAUCUCACUUUAGGCAUUUAUCAUUUAAAUGAUCUCACUUUAGGCAUGUAUCAUUUAAAUGAUCUCACUUUAGGCAUUUAUCAUUUAAAUGAUCUUACUUUAGGCAUUUAUCAUUUAAAUGAUCUUACUUUAGGCAUUUAUCAUUUAAAUGAUCUCACUUUAGGCAUUUAUCAUUUAAAUGAUCUUACUUUAGGCAUUUAUCAUUUAAAUGAUCUCACUUUAGGCAUUUAUCAUUUAAAUGAUCUUACUUUAGGCAUUUAUCAUUUAAAUGAUCUUACUUUAGAGUAGGUCUGUAGCUGGUUGCCCAUCACCUCUAGUCUGGAGAGAAGCCGGUCCUCAUCGAUCAGAGCCUAGCAGAGAGAGACAGAGAGAAUUCAGGCUGUAACAACAAAAUGUGGAAAAAGUUGAGCGGUGUGAAUAAUUUCUGAAGGCCCUGUAGCAGUUAGUCAGUAUAAGCCAUUACCCAUUAUAUGGAGGGAGUGUUGUAGAUUGAGUGGUUCUGAAGGUUUAUCACAGGGCUGGUCUAGUGGUAAUGACCCUGGUUCUGAAGGUUUAACACAGGGCUGGUCUAGUGGUAAUGACCCUGGUUCUGAAGGUUUAACACAGGGCUGGUCUAGUGGUAAUGACCCUGGUUCUGAAGGUUUAACACAGGGCUGGUCUAGUGGUAAUGACCCUGGUUCUGAAGGUUUAUCACAGGGCUGGUCUAGUGGUAAUGACCCUGGUUCUGAAGGUUUAACACAGGGCUGGUCUAGUGGUAAUGACCCUGGUUCUGAAGGUUUAACACAGGGCUGGUCUAGUGGUAAUGACCCUGGUUCUGAAGGUUUAACACAGGGCUGGUCUAGUGGUAAUGACCCUGGUUCUGAAGGUUUAACACAGGGCUGGUCUAGUGGUAAUGACCCUGGUUCUGAAGGUUUAACACAGGGCUGGUCUAGUGGUAAUGACCCUGGUUCUGAAGGUUUAAAACAGGGCUGGUCUAGUGGUAAUGACCCUGGUUCUGAAGGUUUAACACAGGGCUGGUCUAGUGGUAAUGACCCUGGUUCUGAAGGUUUAACACAGGGCUGGUCUAGUGGUAAUGACCCUGGUUCUGAAGGUUUAACACAGGGCUGGUCUAGUGGUAAUGACCCUGGUUCUGAAGGUUUAACACAGGGCUGGUCUAGUGGUAAUGACCCUGGUUCUGAAGGUUUAACACAGGGCUGGUCUAGUGGUAAUGACCCCGGUUCUGAAGGAUUAAAACAGGGCUGGUCUAGUGGUAAUGACCCUGGUUCUGAAGGUUUAACACAGGGCUGGUCUAGUGGUAAUGACCCUGGUUCUGAAGGUUUAAAACAGGGCUGGUCUAGUGGUAAUGACCCUGGUUCUGAAGGAUUAAAACAGGGCUGGUCUAGUGGUAAUGACCCUGGUUCUGAAGGUUUAACACAGGGCUGGUCUAGUGGUAAUGACCCUGGUUCUGAAGGUUUAACACAGGGCUGGUCUAGUGGUAAUGACCCUGGACCACAUAUUACAUUUUAACCUUUUAUCUGGCAAUAAAACUUCAAAAUACUUGAGGAUUGUGGAAUUGUGUUUCGGUACCUGCCAGCUGCUCUCUGAAGCCUCCUGUGUGGUGGUCAGUAGGGUUAGGGUGGUAGUGUGCACUAGGUAGUGUAUAGUGUAUCUCUACCUGCCAGCUGCUCUCUGAAGCCUCCUGUGUGGUGGUCAGUAGGGUUAGGGUGGUAGUGUGCACUAGGUAGUGUAUAGUGUAUCUCUACCUGCCAGCUGCUCUCUGAAGCCUCCUGUGUGGUGGUUAGUAGGGUUAGGGUGGUAGUGUGCACUAGGUAGUGUAUAGUGUAUCUCUACCUGCCAGCUGCUCUCUGAAGCCUCCUGUGUGGUGGUCAGUAGGGUUAGGGUGGUAGUGUGCACUAGGUAGUGUAUAGUGUAUCUCUACCUGCCAGCUGCUCUCUGAAGCCUCCUGUGUGGUGGUCAGUAGGGUAAGGGUGGUAGUGUGCACUAGGUAGUGUAUAGUGUAUCUCUACCUGCCAGCUGCUCUCUGAAGCCUCCUGUGUGGUGGUCAGCAGGGUUAGGGUGGUAGUGUGCACUAGGUAGUGUAUAGUGUAUCUCUACCUGCCAGCUGCUCUCUGAAGCCUCCUGUGUGGUGGUCAGUAGGGUUAGGGUGGUAGUGUGCACUAGGUAGUGUAUAGUGUAUCUCUACCUGCCAGCUGCUCUCUGAAGCCUCCUGUGUGGUGGUCAGUAGGGUUAGGGUGGUAGUGUGCACUAGGUAGUGUAUAGUGUAUCUCUACCUGCCAGCUGCUCUCUGAAGCCUCCUGUGUGGUGGUCAGUAGGGUUAGGGUGGUAGUGUGCACUAGGUAGUGUAUAGUGUAUCUCUACCUGCCAGCUGCUCUCUGAAGCCUCCUGUGUGGUGGUUCAGCAGGGUUAGGGUGGUAGUGUGCACUAGGUAGUGUAUAGUGUAUCUCUACCUGCCAGCUGCUCUCUGAAGCCUCCUGUGUGGUGGUCAGUAGGGUUAGGGUGGUAGUGUGCACUAGGUAGUGUAUAGUGUAUCUCUACCUGCCAGCUGCUCUCUGAAGCCUCCUGUGUGGUGGUUAGUAGGGUUAGGGUGGGGAGUGUGCACUAGGUAGUGUAUAGUUGGGGAUCUCUACCCGCCAGCUGCCUCUUGAAGCCUUUCCCGGUGGGGGGUUUAGUGGGUUAGGGUGGGGGGGUGUGCAUAGGUUUGUGUUAUCUUUACCUGCCCGCUGUCUCUGAAACCUCCUGGUGGGGGUAGGAGGGUUAGGGUGGUUGUGUUUUCAUAGGUAGGUAUUUGUGUAUUCUACCGCCAAAUGCUCUCUGAAGCCUCCCCGUGUGGUGGUCAGUAGGGGUUUGGGUGGGGAGGUGCAC